AUGGAUCCGAUUAAGUAUAUAUUUGAAAAUCCUGCAUUGACCGGAAGAAUUGAUCGUUGGCAGAUGCUCUUGUCCGAAUAUGACAUUGAGUAUCACACCCUGAAAUCUAUCAAAGGAAGUGUCUUGGCCGAUCAUUUAGCUCAUCAACCAAUCGACGAUUAUGAGUCUAUAAAUUUUGAAUUCCCAAAUGAAGAUGUGAUGUACUUAAAAGCCAAAGAUUGCCAUGAACCACUGCCAAAUGAAAGGCCAGAUCCAGGUUCUCAUUGGGGUUUAAUAUUUGAUGGAGCAGUUAAUGUUUAUGGUAAUGAAGAAGCCAUUGAUCUUAGAAUAAAAAAUCUCGAUGUUUAUGGAGACUCAAAUCUAGUUGUCAAUCAAGUUACAAGAGAAUGGGAAACUCGUCAACCCGACCUAAUCCCAUACAAAGACUAUGUAAGGAGGUUAUCUACUUUCUUCAACAAGACUAAGGAGUGA